AUAAGCUCGUCUCGAUUGUUCGUCAUUUUGCACUUUUCGACGACUAGGGCUCUUAUGACGCACGUUAUUGCGUUAUUGUGACGACGCCGUAGACACAGAUGCCCGGAAACCGGUCGAGCAAUGCCAUUUUCGCGGGGAUUGCAUCACCCGUUCGUUUUCAUAUUUUUGUACGGUUCACUUUAAAGACGUGAUCUGGCCGUAUCGACGUCCUAUUUCAUUGCUUGGAGGCUUGAAGGCGAGAGCCAUUAUUUAAGGAAGAAGAAGAAGAGCUUUGCUUGUGUGUGCUACCAGUUGCGCCAGGCCGCCGACCGAUGGCGCUACCGUCGAGUGCUGCAAGCACACUGGAUGAUCUGAUCAAGUCAUUGGAGCAAAAAGAGGAUCAGAGCAACCUCAUCAAGAAGCUUCGUUACAUUCAGCAAAAGAACAAAGUUCUUUCUAAACCAUUGGAGAAACCAGCAGCUGAAAGGAUAAAAAGGGCAGUUGGUUACGAGAAGGUUAAAGAAGAAUUGCAAAAAUGGGACAGUGUAGUAACCAGAAACAGGAUAGCAGAACAAUUAUCUUUUCCAUUGAAACGUGUAGCACCAGUAAAGGAUUCUCACACUUCAAAAAUUCCUAAAUUUCUAAGUGGAUUCAGUACAAAGUCUGAUUUAAUGAAGAAGUUUGAAGAGCUGGAUUCAACAUUGCUGUAUCCUGAUGACAAAGAAGAAUUAAAGGACAAUAAGUACAAAAUGACACUGGAAGAAGUAACCUUGAAGAGAAAAGAAGCUGCCAAACUAAGGGCACAACAGUCAUAUAAAGAGGUGAAGGCGCAUCGUCAGCGUAAGAUAAAGAGCAAGAAGUUUCAUCGCAUUCAGCGGAAGGAUAAAAUCAAACAGCAGUUAAAGGAUUUUGAAAAAUUAAAAGAUAGCAAUCCAGAGGAAGCCUUGGCAAAGUUGGAACAGUUAGACAAAACUCGUGCUGAAGAGAGAAUGUCAUUAAGACAUAAAAACACGGGUCAGUGGGCUAGGAAUAAACAAAUUAAAGCCAAGUAUAAUAAGGAAACACGACAAAUACUUACUGAACAAUUGGCCAUUAGUAAAGAAUUGACACAAAAAGUUAGGAGAACAGACAGUGAUGAAUCUGAGGAAGAUGAAGAAAAUAUAGAAAAUGUGGUGGAUAAAGAAUAUGAAGAAGAUAAAGAAGAUGAGAUAUUAGUAAAUGAUAAGGAAAACAACAUAAAAACUGAAUCUGAAAUUGAAGACUUUAUUAAGCUUUGUCAGAAAUACUAUGAUAAAAAGCAGCAGAUGAAAGGAGGGAAAAUAAAAAAAGAUGAAACCAUACCUUUGAAUGAAAUCAUACUGGAAAAAGAAAAAGAGACGAGUCAUAUUGAAAAAAGUAGUACUUUACAAGUAAGCGAUACAGAAAAUGAACUUUGCGAUAAUCAGAAAAAUAGUAUUUUAAAAACUAAUACAUAUAAUACAAAGAGUGAGUUACACGGCAAUGAGGAAAGCAGUUCUUUGCGAGAAAACAAACGUAAUACAAAAAGCAAAUUAUGUGGCAAUGAAAAAAGUGAUACUUUAAAUGCAAAUAUCAGUGAUGUAAAAAACAAAUUUUGUAGCAGUGAGAAAAGCAGUACUUCAUUAGAAAAUACAAAUAACAUCAAAGAUAAAAUUCAUAAAAAAGAAAAUAAUAAAGGAAAUUGCAAAAAUAAUAACAAAUCUAAAUCACACGAUAAAAAUAAAACAAUCGAAUCCAAGAAAUUAGAGGAACAUUUAAAACGUAAAUUGAAUCCAGAAAAGGAAGACGUGAAGAAGAAAUUGAAGACAAGUGAUAAGACAGAAAAGUAUGAAGAGAAAGAGGAAGAAAAUGAAGAUUAUUUGUCAAGUCUCGAAUUUGAAGAUCCCAAACGGAAACCUAUUUUGGAUUCUCCAUUAGAGGAAACCACUUCCAGGGAAAAUGUUCAUGAGAACAGUAAUUUGACGAAAUUAAAGACAAUAGCAAAUACAAUGCAGGAACCGGCUGGCAUGAGUAACGAAAUAGAGAUAGAUCCGAAAAAAUACGUCAAUAUAAAACCUAAACACUUAAAGACGCAACUGCCAGAUGUGGCUACAGCCGGGGAUGAGGAUAGCGAACAGGAAGAGGAAACGCACAGAAUAAUGAGCGAGGCAUUUGUGGAUGAUGACGUUAUCGAAGAAUUUAGGAAGGAAAAGGAAGAGGAGAUGAAAAAGUUGCAGCCACAGAGUAUUGAUCUGAGUCUACCUGGAUGGGGAAGCUGGGGAGGACCGAAUAUCAAAAAGAGUAAAGUGGCUCGUAAGAAGAGCCGAUUUAUACUGAAUAUUCCUAAACAAAUGCCACGUAAGCCCGAAAAUCAGGGUGAUGUCAUAGUAUUCGAACAUGAGAAUGAGAAAUUGAGGAAACAUCUCGUCAAAGAGCUACCCUAUCCGUUUACCAGAGUUAAGGACUUAGAAGCGAUUAUCAGAGCUCCCAUCAGUAGGACCUUCGUCCCAAUGAACGCUCAUCUACGACUCAUUCAGCCGUCAGUAAAGACCAAACUUGGACAAGUGAUUGAACCAAUGGAUGAGAAUGAAUUGGUGAAAGAGCAACCAAUGGUAAAAAAACCGUUAAAGCAUAUCAAGGCGAAGAAUUAUAAGAAGAAGAAUAUUAUAAAGAACAAUAGCAAAAAGAAAUAUAAACCGUAUGAGAUUCGUCUCGAGAUGUCUCGAGUGCUCGAGUCAGCUCGACUCCUCGAGAAUGAGCUCACUUGA